GACUUUGGGAGUCAAGAAAACAAAAGAGAUACAGACGGGUCGUCAAAUAGAAAAAAGUAGUGUAAUAUCCAUUUCCUUGUGCUAGUGCUUUCGUUUAUUCGUGUAUCAAAAGUAAGGGAACAAGAUGAUGCGGAUCUUCACCACCAUGCGUCAGAAACACCUGCGCGGUCCAGAUUGACUGCGGUAAAGGCUCGAACAAAGAGGAGUCUGGUUGCCGGGACCACGACACGGUAGAGGCGAUAGAACGACAGAGACGCCGGCAACUAUAUUGGCUGUUCUGUACGCCGACAUUUUUUCACGCUGCGCAUCUUGUCGUUCUUGCAACUUGAGCAGCAAGAACAUUCAACAUGGCCGCUGCGCAGGACCCGAUGAGCCUGCUGACCAGCAACCAGGCUGCGACGGGGUCGGGACAGAUCGAAAUUCUUUUUGACGUGUCGAAAAAGGAGCUCGGCAACCCGCACAGCGUGUACAAGAAGCUGGUGCGCAAGCUGCGAUCGGACUACAAAUGCGGACUGAACAAGGAUCUGAUCACGCUGGAACGGCUGAAAACCUGCGGCCUGGUGAUCUUCGCGGGGCCCCGGGAAAUGUUUUCAACGGAGGAGUUUGAGGCGAUAAAAAAGUACAUUGGCCCGGACCACAAGGGCUCGGUGCUGUUUCUACUUGCGGAGGGCGGCGAACAGAGGCUGCAGACCAACGUGAACUACCUCCUGGAAGUAUCGUCAGGAAAAGAACUCCCUCCACGUUAUAUUCAAAGGGGAAGUUGUAGCUGUGAUGCGCGAUUUGUACUAGACAAACAGAAGCAAGCCAAGAAGACGCUUGCUGCAGGGUUAAUGCAAAGGAGAGGCAUUCCCAUUUGCGUACACAAGUAAGCAGCGCAAAUUUUUCUUCUGGUGCGUUUUCAAUAUGGAGAGCGUGUAUUUUUCCUCACAAUAGGAGGAGUUCGGGAUUAUGUGCAACAGCGACUCGGUGAUACGGACCACUUUUCGCAAGUACCACCACCCAAAGGAGGCGUUUGUCUGCAACGGGGUGCUGUCAAAAGAUCUGCUCCGGAUCGCAAAGGGGGCUGCAAAGGAACUGAUGGACACCAUACAAGCGGACGGGGGCGGGGGAGGUGCGGGGGCGAAAGGUACUUGUUGAUCCGUGGUGCGCGCUGCAGGGGCAGAAGAUGAACUGCAAGCCUGUUUUUCUGCUCGACUGGCGUUGUACUAACUUCUGCUCUGAACAAGAUAAUAGUUCGAAAAUUGGUGGAGGACGAAGCUGUGGCACAACACGUACUGCACAGGUGUUGAACAGGAAAAAAACCCAUCAGGUGCCGUCAGCCGGUCCGCAGUCGACGACGCGCCGCAGCACGGAGCAAAGUCGCCUUUGGAGUUCGUCUAUCCCUUCGGUGCCACGAUGAACGUUCAAAAACCCGCGGUGCCCGUGCUGUCCACAGGUGAGAAAGCAGAAGGAAUUGUUGAUGUAAACAACAUUUUGUUCCGCCAUUUCUUAUGCUGCCACGGUCACGGAGUCGGAGAUCAUGAGAGACAUGCCUAGUUUUUCAAUACAGUUACAGCACGAAUCGACUUUCAGGACUUUCCAGCGCAUGAAAAAUAAAAGUGUGACAGAACUACACCUCGACUUUUUUCAUCUCUAUCAGGCCCCAUCAGUUACCCACUGAACCGGCCGGUAUGUGCGGUGCACGAAAAUGCAAACGGCGGGAGGCUUUGCGUGCUGGGUUCCUGGAACAUCUUCUCGGACGAUUACUUGGAUAAGGAGAACAACGCGAAAGUCUGCGAGCUGCUCAUCAAGUGGCUCACCAGAAUGAACGACUGCGACCUCAGCUACAAGUACUCGACGAAAUACCUUUAUAGAUACAACUGUCGUGUGAUGCUGAUGUAGUAGUUCGUUGUUCACCCAAUGGUAAUGUGUAGCGUUGAGAAGCGAUUUUUUCAGUGGGGUAUUUGUAUUGGUAUUGUUGGAAGUGUCGCUGCGCCUGCAAGGAGUUUCGAAAAAACUACAACUUGGAGCAUGAUGCAAUGGGGCAGAAAAAAGUAUGAAUCCAAUGCACCAGGUAUGGUGAGGAGCCGGACAUAUCGGAGUACCACUUCCUUCCGCACACACAAUUGCUAGCGGAAUUAUGGAGUUCUCAAAUGUUACAUUCUCAACUGUUACAUGAUUCGUCAUGCAAAACCACCGCUAUCAUCUACACGAUCAAGCUGCUCUGCGUGACAAAUUCUGGAAGGGCCAAACAGGCUGACAAUCUAUGCCAAAUCUGUCAUGCAAGACGCGCAAUGCCCCCCCUUUCACUUUUCCCAUUCUUGCAUUACAAAUCCAUGUGACAGUUAAGAAUGUAACGUUUGAGAAUACCAUAGGAAUCUUUGAAGUCCUGCCUCCAGGAAGGGAAUGUCAUACCACGCGACUUCACAGAAAUGUUUGACGACCGGCUCUUCAAAUUUGACACCAGCCUGAUACCAGAAGCAAUAAGGUACUUUUGUCAAUGUCUGUACUUAGUACAACCGAAGAAAAUUAUGGUUGUUUUAUUCAUUGGCUUUCGCUUACUGUCAACAAAAACUCACCUUCUUUACUGACUUUUAAUUGAUUACGACUCGCAAACCUACUUCAACGCACGGAAACCCAAACUCAAAUGCAAAACGAACCAAAACCUACCCUUUCGUCCAGGCUCUAUCAGACGCUUGGCGUGAAGCAUGAAGCAUUGACGUUAAUUCCGCCCGAGUUUGAGACGCCGUUGCCGCAGCUACGGCCAGCGGUAUUCCCACCCGUGCUCAAAGAACCACCAGGGCCCCCGCUCGAUUUGUACGACCUGGAUGAGGAAUUCGCGUCCGAGAAAACAAGACUCGCACAAUUGACAAACAAGGUACUCACCUGGUCGUUUUUGUCAUGCACUUGCAGAUAUGGCAAUGGUAUGGCAUGGAACGACUACGACUUUUGCUUUGCGUUUCCUCCGACACAGAUAGUUUUGCGUUGUUUUUUUUGUCAUUUGAAGUAAGUCAACCACAUAAAAAUUCCAGUGCACGGAUGAAGACCUGGACUACUACGUCAUGCAAGCGGGUGAGAUUCUUCAAGUGAGCGAGAAGCUUCCGGACAGGAGCGCAAAGCACGUGCUGGAGCACGUGUUCUCACAGAUUCUGAACUUCAAAAAGUUGAACCAGGGCCACAUGAUGCAAGACCCGGACAACAGCGGCAUGCUGAUGGGCCCGCCCCCGGGGAGCGGCGGCGGGCCGGGGGGCUUUCCUUAACACGUCCAGUGAUGCAAUAUACAAAUGAAUCGUCCGCUGUCGUUUUUGGGAUGCCGUGUUGCUCACUUUAUCAUUUGACAAUUUGUAAUUAUGCCGUGCAAAAAUCUUCACGAUUUGGUCUUACUUAAUCAAUCUUAAGCAUGCAGCACUGAAAGCCUAAUUGCUUGGCUCAGCCUGCUGCUCGCAACGGUCUUAUUCUGUGGGAAAUCUGCUUAGUACUUCAGGUGGUUAGUGGUCAAAAAAAAAAGACGUCAGGUCUUUCCGUCUCCUGUCGAUGAUUUUGGGCUACCUCCUCUACUUUCCGCUAUCAUUUGCCAGUCAAAAUGGCUAAAAGCAUGAAAUUUGCAGGAGCUCGCACAUGCUUCUUGCUGUAGCGCGCUAGUAGUUGUACGGUUUUUCUUGAAGAGUCCGAGCUUCAGGAUAUGGAAAAACUGACGAGGAAGGUUUCCAGUUUUUGGUGCGACUACGAAAAAGACCACAGUUCCGUCAGAGUAAAGUAAUAUUCAACUCGAGUAAGAAAAUACACGGAAAGAGUAAAAGGACGCUCUUUGAAUGGAGCGAAAAUAUUAACUGGUUUGCUG